GGCGCGGCCCGGGCUGGGCUGGGCUGGGCUGGCAGGUCCCAAACACGAGCCGCGCCUCCGCGCCGCGGAGAGCCGCGCAGGGAGGAGUUAGAGGAGAACAGUCGGAAACGGGGAGGAGAGCAGCGGCUGCAGGACCAUUAAAACCGCGGGAGCGUGUCCGGCCGCGGGAGCUGCUCCGCGGGCACGCAAGAUGCGGGGGGCCGCUGCGGGCUGCGCGCCGCGCCCGAGCAAGGGCUGCCGCUGGUGAGGCUGCCCGGAGCCCGCCGGGUUCGCUCUUGGCGUCCCCCUCUGGCGGCCGCUCGGGAAGCGCCGCCCAGCCUGGCACCAUGAGCUCCCUCACCACCGCCCCGCUGAAGGUCGUCAGCAACCUUGCCAACAUCGAUGUCAACUAUAUCAUCAAAGAGCAUUACAAUUACACAGGAAAGCUAAAUGAGAAUGCGGACAGUGGAAUAAAAGUGACUUCGGUGGUUUUUAUUAUCAUUUGCUGCUUUAUAAUCUUAGAGAACAUUUUUGUCUUGCUCACCAUCUGGAAAACCAAGAAGUUUCACAGACCCAUGUACUAUUUCAUUGGGAACUUGGCUCUUUCAGACUUGCUGGCUGGGGUGGCUUACACUGCCAAUCUCCUGCUCUCUGGACACAAAACUUACAGCCUCACCCCCUCCCAGUGGUUUGUAAGAGAAGGCAGCAUGUUUGUUGCCUUGUCAGCUUCUGUGUUCAGCUUGUUGGCCAUUGCCAUCGAGAGAUAUAUCACCAUGUUGAAGAUGAAACUCCACAAUGGCAGCAACAGCUUUCGCUCCUUCUUGCUGAUCAGUGCUUGCUGGGUUAUCUCCGUGAUACUGGGGGGACUCCCGAUUAUGGGCUGGAACUGCAUCAGCCUCUUGUCCAACUGCUCCACAGUGCUGCCUCUCUACCAUAAGCACUAUAUUCUCUUUUGCACCACAGUUUUCACCGGCCUUUUGUUAUCUAUUGUCGUCCUCUAUUGCAGGAUCUAUUCCAUGGUGAGGACUAGGAGCCGUAGGCUGACGUUUCGAAAAAACAUUACCAAAGCUACUAGGAGCUCAGAGAAGUCCUUAGCUUUGCUCAAGACAGUGAUUAUAGUCCUGAGUGCCUUCAUUGCCUGCUGGGCUCCUUUGUUCAUCCUGCUUUUACUGGAUGUGGGGUGCAAAGUGAAAACCUGCCCAAUCCUCUUUAAAGCAGAGUAUUUCUUAGUGCUGGCCGUGCUCAACUCAGCCACGAACCCUAUCAUCUAUACCUUAACAAACAAAGAAAUGAGGAGGGCUUUCAUCAAGAUUCUGUGCUGCUGCAAAUGUCCCCCUGCAGAUUCUGGGACCAAAUUCAAGAGGCCGAUCAUCGGAGGGAUGGAGUUCAGCCGGAGCAAAUCUGACAACUCCUCCCACCCACAGAAGGAGGAAGGUGACCGUCCUGAAACCAUCAUGUCUUCAGGCAAUGUUACCUCGUCGUCUUAGGCGUAACCACGGGGGCCUGUUUCAGAGCCUUUCCUCUGAAAUCUGACAGCCGGGACGCCUCCUGCUCACUAUGGCAGCGUUGGGCUAAGUGAGCAAGUAGCAUUAGUUAUAGAGAGGCAAACGGUGCACUUGCAAGGCUGGAGGUCAAGAAAUGGGACAGACUGUUCUGGCUUGAAAAUCUUUUUCCCUGGAGCAUGUUUUGUCUUUUCACUGAGGCAGCUCAGGAUUGUCAGGCGCAUUCAUAUCCUGAAAUCUCCUUAGUAACUCUGAAAGACUGAUGCCUUGGUGAAAUGAUGCCUGGUGCGUGUGAGAGAAAGAGAGUGGGGGCGGAGAGAAAGGGAGAAUGAAUUUUUUUUUUUUUUUUCCUGUGAGAAGAAUGUGAAGUUAUUUUUUCUUUACUUGCAGCAAACCACUGACACAAAGAUCCUUCUGUACUGAGUUUAGUGAUGGCUCUGGUAUACUUGGUCAGAAGUGUUUGUUUAGCACAUAGCAAGGAAAGAGAUCACACAAAUACAAUUUGGACCAUGUACAACCGUAAUUUUGCAUCACUUUCCAGAGCUUUUAGUUAAGUAAUAAGAUUUUAUUUGCAGAGUCCAAAGUUGUUGGGGUUUUAUUUAGCAAGAUCAUAGCUGUGAAAUUUUGCUGACAGUCCACAUCACAUUUGAAGACCAGGAGCCAGACUCUGCAGUUACUUUUCACUUAUACAAUUCUGUUGGCUGCUUCAAAUUUUAUGGAGUAGCUCAGAGGAGCAUUUGGCCCUAUACGUUGAUUGCCUUGUUAGUAAAUAAACUGCAUUAUCAUGACAAAUGCAAGGUAGAGCUAAAGGUCAUUUCUCUUUAAGAUGACUGAAAGUAAAUCUAACAGUAUAGAAUACUAUUGACAAUAGUAAGAUUUUUGCCUGAGUAAAAACUGAAGGGUAAUUUCAGUGUUAGGUCCAUAGUAUUUCCAAAGGUAAAGAUCAGUCAGGAAAUCUGAAAGGAAUACCUUGAGUUUCAGAAAAAUUAAAGGAAAGUUUAAGUGAAAUGAUUAUAGAUAAAUGCACUUCCAUAAUAAAAUGCAAUACACAGUUUGGCACAUUUUAUUAGCGUUUAUAAUUUCAGCAAAGAUGUCUGUAUUUUAUCAGUUCAUGGAAGAAGUACCUUUAAUUAAAUUGAAUGUAUUUGUUUUACAGCAUCAUUUUUAUUCCUCUGUUUUUCUAACCUGUGCUAAUGGGGUUGAAUGUGUACAAUGUAAAUAAUUUAAAAAGAUGCAGGAGACUUCAUGCACCUAGAGUAUUACUGUAACAAAAGUGGUAUAUCUGGGAUAGCUGAGAGCAAUUGACUGAUUUACAGUUAUUGGCAAUUCUUAGAAAUGUUUUUUGUAAAAAAAUAAAUAAAUAAAUAAAAAAUAUUGCCUUUGUAGUAAGAUUUCCAGUGCAAUUAAACUGAUUUUUUUUCUGGUUUUAAAAAUAGUAUUUAAAAUGUUUCUGACUUUUAUUGUUCAAUUUGCACAUAGCUUUAUUGACUUCUAAACAUUAAUAAACUGAUUUUUUUAAAGA